AUGCGUAACGCCUUGAACAACCUCGCUGACACCGUCGAGAACCCCGACCACCAGCAGAGAUUCGAAAACGAGAUGGAUUCGUUCUUUGCUCUUUUCAGAAGAUACUUGGCCGACAAGGCUUCCGGCUCUACUUUGGACUGGGAGAAGAUCAAGUCUCCUUCUCCUAAUGAAGUCGUCCAGUACAAUCUGUUGAACGAAAGUGCCGCCACAAACUUGUCCAAGUUGGCAGUGUUGAAGUUGAACGGUGGUUUAGGUACAUCUAUGGGUUGUGUUGGUCCUAAAUCUGUCAUUGAAGUCAGAGACGGUAACACGUUUUUGGACUUGUCCGUUAGACAGAUCGAGCACUUGAACAGAAAGUACGAUGCUGAUGUUCCUUUGUUGUUGAUGAACUCGUUCAACACCGACAACGACACGGCCAAGAUCAUCAAGAAGUACCAGGGCCACAGAAUCAGAGUCAAGACCUUCAACCAGUCGAGAUUCCCCCGUAUCUACAAAGAUUCUCUUUUACCAGUUCCUGACUCGUACGAUGAUGAAUUGGACUCAUGGUACCCUCCUGGCCAUGGUGACUUGUUCGAGUCAUUGGUUCAAUCUGGAGAAUUGGAUGCCCUUUUGGCUCAGGGCAGAGAAAUCUUGUUUGUCUCCAAUGGUGACAACUUGGGUGCCACUGUUGACACCAAGAUCUUGGACCACAUGAUCGAAACUGGUGCCGAGUAUAUCAUGGAGUUGACCAACAAGACCAGAGCCGACGUCAAAGGUGGUACCUUGAUCAACUACGAAGGAUCCGUCAGAUUGUUGGAAAUCGCUCAGGUGCCUAAGGAACACGUAGAAGAGUUCAAGAGCAUCAAGAAGUUUAAGUACUUCAAUACCAACAACUUGUGGAUCAAUUUGAGAGCCAUCAAGAAGUUGGUGGAACACAAUGCCAUCGAGGCCGAAAUCAUUCCUAACCAAAAGACCAUAUCUAAAGGAAACGUAGACAUCAACGUUUUGCAAUUGGAAACCGCUGUCGGUGCUGCCAUCAGACACUUCCAAGGUGCCCAUGGUGUUGUCGUUCCAAGAUCGAGAUUCUUGCCUGUCAAGACCUGUUCUGAUUUGUUGUUGGUCAAGUCUGACUUGUUCUUCUUGGAACACGGUGCAUUGAAGUUAGAUCCUACCAGAGAUGGAUUUGCCAAUCCUUUGAUCAAGUUGGGCUCCCAUUUCAAGAAGGUCAGUGGCUUCCAGCUGAGAGUUCCUCACAUGCCUAAGAUCUUGGAAUUGGACCAUUUGACUAUCACUGGUAACGUCACUUUAGGUAGAGGUGUCACCUUGAAGGGUACUGUUAUCAUUGUCUGUAACGACGGUGACAAGAUCGAUAUUCCUAACGGUUCCAUCUUAGAGAAUGUUGUGGUUACUGGUAACUUGACUAUCUUGGAACAUUAG